AUGGACAACGAAAAUUCGGGACAAAGUGUUCUUGAUACUGUUCUCAAAGCUAACGAAAAGAUCAAAAUGGACAGUAAUGAUGUUGAAGGAGAGCAUAUUACAAGUAAUAAUAGCCCAAUGAACGCAAUGACAGAAAUGCUUCAGAAUAACGUAUCAAGCAUUCAGAGUUCUUUUAGUACAGUGUACGCGACACUCGCAGAAAAUCUUAAACAGUCGCUGGAAAUAACGCGUGCCAUGAACUCUGCAAUGGAGCAGUUGCUGACGUCUAAUUGUCGUAUUGAAACGAAAAUCGUACCGAUUCAUAAAAACGAAUCUGCCAAGAAAGAAGAAAAAGAUCAAACUAUACCAAGUUUACUCGAAAUCACGGUAUCGAACGCUAGUCAAUUUCCUAUAGUGAAUGGCUCAUUAAAAUUGAUUUUUGUGAAUCAGUUCAGUAAAAAGGAAGAGAUUGUAGUACUAGAAUGCAUUGGCUCAAUAACAAGAAAAAUUAAUGACGAAUCUUGGGAUCAACACGGGAAUGAUAAUGGUUCUAAAUUUAUUAUUUCCCCAUUUACAAAAAUAACUGAAACUUUUCGAAUAAUACCACCAGAUUUUGCUCCGUAUAAUGUCAAGAUUACCUUAGCUUUUCCAAGUCCUGGCACCCGAAAAAACUUACAAGUCGAACAUAUCUUUGGAAUAUAUUUGAUUGAUCAGUGUGAGAAAUGUCUUCGUGAUUAUGAUACUUCCACAUCUUCCACUUCAUCCACCUUACCAACAUUUUCAGAUUUACCAUCAAAAACAAUAAAAAUAUCACCUAAUAUACUUCGACAAUUAUGGAAUGUACAUCAAAGUGUUGGACUGGAUGAACGACUGUGUUUUGAGUUAAUAGUAACAUCAAAAUCAAAUGAAAAAGACGACAAAACGGAGGAGCAUAGUUUUGUCUUUUCAAUUUUCUUGCGUAUCAAAGAAUGGCAAAAAGCACAAAAUGAAAAAAACGACAAAAGACCACUGAACAAUGUUAUAUGUGAUAUUUAUCUUUAUCCUUCUUUCGACAUCGAUAAUGAACAACAGCAGAAUAAUAAUAACAUCAACUCGAAUACAAUACUUUCUCCAACUAAUUCUCAUAAAAAUUCCACGAUGAUUGCGAUUUUGACGCGUAUUAUCGAGGAAUUGACUAAUUUGUCUUUAUGA